AUGAAUGAGGAAGAAAAUGUUAUUCAGGAUUAGAUAGUAGCAUGUUUGGAUGGCUAUGUAAAUUAGAUGACUGGAAAAUGUGUUCCUAAUUGUGGUAUCGGUCAAUAUGGACUGGCUAGUUACUCUUAAAGUGGAAUGAUAUAAAAGACUGUUUGCUUGUAAUGUGAUUAAAGUUGCUAUGAAUGCUCAUCUGAAAAUAAAUGCCUUUCUUGCAAAAAAGGGUUUUUCCUACAAAAAGAGGAAGGAAAAAAUAUAGGAUAAUGUCUGAAAAAACAAGGCUAAUUUGAGAUUACAAUGCAUGUUUAAUCAAAAUUCGGAUAAUCAGAUGCGGAAAAAAUAGAUGGUUCAAUAUGA